CGACUCAGAUUUGCAACAGUAUGCUUAAACGGAAUGCCACCAAUGUUAUAUCAUAUUUCAUCCACGUCAUGGAGCAGAACAAAGAUAAACAAUUUAUUUUAGCACCAUAUCAUCAAGAAUCACAUUGGUUACUUUUGGUGAUUUGCAUGCGCUCAAAAAACGUAUGUUUCUUGGAUCCCUUGCCUUCUGAUCGCGACAUUGGUGAAAUUAAAGCUUCUAUUAAUUUGGCAUUUCGCUCUGUUCCUACGAAUGGACGAAUUAAGAACAUCGAUUGGAAGCCAUGCAAAUGCCCGAUACAACCUGGAGAUUAUGAGUGUGGAUAUUAUGUCAUGCGAUACAUGUUUGAUAUCGUGACAAAAUAUUCAUCUAUUGAUGAUUUGGAUAAGGCAUUUGAAAGCGAUAGUCCGUACUCCAUCAAUGACAUAAAUGAGAUUCGGGAGCAAUGGGUAAAAUACUUCUUUUCGGAGUGCGUGUAA